AUGGAGUUGUUUGAAACUCUGGCCAUAGAAGAAGCCCACAAGAAACCUCCAGUCUGGUUACCGCUAUUUGCUCUCCUUCUCACACUCCCCUUCUCCGUAUCUUCUCAAUCUACCCUGAAACCCCACGAAUACAACAUCACCCAAUACACCAGGACUUUACCGGAAGAUCUGAGACCCAUUGUCCGGAGAGCAUUGAUCAUCGAAAGAUAUGCAGCAAGCGGUCAGCCAUGGCCCAAAGAGUUGUGUCCACCAGAAGAACCAGUUGACUGUUCGGCGAUGAAAUUCAGAAAACUAUCUGGAGAGUGUAAUAAUGUCCGUCAUCCAAAAUGGGGUACGAGAGGAGAAAAAUUCUUGAGAUUAUUGCCCCCAGUUUAUGGUGAUGGGAAAUAUCAGCCCAAGCAGUCUGUCGAUUCACACUCCCUUCCCAGCGCAAUCGACGUUGCUUCAACUCUCCAAAAUAAUCCUGCCACCAAACAUGAGUCAGUUACUGCUUUACUGGGGGCUUGGAGUGAACUUCUGCUGCAUGAUCUCGCAAAUACGGGAAACCUGAAGACGCAAGAUUGCUGCAGUGACAAUGCCAAGAAGCACGGGGAAUGUUAUGGAAAGCUGGGACACGGUCAGUGCCGAGAAUAUAUGAGGACUUUGCCAGCGGUUGAUUCGGACAGUUGUGAAUUUCAAUACCGGGAACAAAUGAACCUCGCCACCUCCUACUUGGAUGCUUCCGCUAUCUAUGGCAAUAGUCAUCAACAGAUGGAAAAACUCCGAACCUAUGAUGCCGGCCUGCUCAAUGUUUCUGCUUGUGCUGCUUGUAGGUCAAACGCACUUUAUUCCGCCUUAUUGAAAGAACAUAACAGAGUUGCAGUUGAUCUUGCUCGUCUGAACCGACAUUGGACCGAUGAGGAGAUAUUUUUGGAAAGUCGCAGGAUCGUUAUAGCAGAAAUUCAACAUAUCACGUACAACGAGUUUCUUCCUAUUGUUCUUGGAGAGGAAGCUAUAGUACACUCAGAACUAGAGUUGAAGUCUCAUGGCCGAUUCUCAAAAUACUCCAGUGCCAGAAGAACAGGAAUAUUCAACGAAGUCGCCAUGACUGCCUUGCCUGUUUUACUUUCUACUCUACCAGGAAAUGUGAUGAACGAGAGCGUGGAAUCUUUCGCUGAAAUGGUGGACCUACUGAUAACCACUCCAUCACAUAACCCCAGCAUUCACAUAAUGGUACCAGUUAGACCAGAAUGGGACACCGCUUCUUUGUUCAUCCACAUGGGCAGAGAUCAUGGCAUACCUUCUUAUCCCAGUGUCUUGCACUUCUGCUCGAACUCGACAAGUAAAAAAGUAUUAUCUUUCGAAAACUUGAAGACAUUUGGCAUCACAGAUGAAUACAUCAAAGCCCUCAAAUAUCUGUACACAAGUCCUCAAGAUAUUGAUCUCUUGGUUGGAAUAUUAUUGGAGAAACCCAUCCCUGGUACCAUGGUGGGGCCAACCUUGAACUGCCUCUUGAAAGAACAGUUCCAGAUUCUGAAGGAAACGGACAGAUUCUGGUACGAGAACGACCUGCCACCUAGUUCUUUAACAACGAGUCAGUUGAAGGAAAUCAAAAAAAUUACGCUUGCGGGUUUACUGUGUGCAAAUACAGACGACCUGGAAAAAAUUCAACCUAAAGCGUUCGUUCAAGAAGACAUAUAUUUGAAUUCUAGGAUUUCUUGUGACCAGCACCCUCUUCCGCAGCUAUCAGAGUGGGUGGAGAUGGAUCAUAUGACUGAUUUAUCGGAAGAUCUACUGAUGGAUGCACUUGCCAAAGCUGAACAGGAAGUUCUAGAGCGCAGAAAGAUGGAAUAUGCAGUAUGGAGUAAAG